UGUGCAGUGUCAUCAGUAUUGUAAAAUUCUAUGCAUUCCUGCCAUUUGAAAUGUUGGCUAGCAGAGGAUGGACAUAGGACCAAGGAAGAAACAUGUCAAGCCAAGGAAGUGUAAGUUCUGGCUCUCUGCCAUCAAAGAAAAGAGCCACAGUUAAGCCAGGCAACAAACCUAGAGAGGAGGGGGAAUCGGCUCCCCCCAGAAUAGUGAAAGAGACCAGAGCUGUUGUCAUAGAUAUUGGUACUGGCUCCUGCAAGUGUGGUUUUGCAGGAGAACAUAAGCCAACACAUGUAGUCUCAUCUACGGUAGGCAAGCACUUCCAAGAGACUGCAAAAACUGGAGAUAACAGAAAAGAGACCUUUGUUGGCAGAGAACUUCGGGAAGCAACAAUACCCCUGAAGCUUGUCAAUCCUUUGAGACAUGGAAUAAUAAUUGACUGGGAUACAGUUGAAGACAUAUGGGAAUAUCUUUUCCAUAAGGAGAUGAAGAUUCGGCCAGAAGAACAUGCAGUACUUGUAUCUGAUCCUCCUCUGAGUCCUACCACCAACAGAGAAAAAUAUGCAGAAAUGCUCUUUGAAAAGUUCUACACCCCUGCCAUGCACAUUGCUUACCAAUCUAGACUGUCAAUGUAUUCCUAUGGAAAGACUUCAGGACUUGUUGUGGAGAGCGGCCAUGGUGUCUCCUAUGUGGUUCCCAUUUAUGAAGGUUAUACUAUGCCAAGCAUUACAGAAAGGGUAGAUUAUGCUGGAUCAGACGUCACUCAGUACCUAAUGAAGUUAUUAAAUGAGUCUAAGAACAUUCUCACAGAGAAACACUGGAGCAUCUUGAACGAUAUCAAAGAGAAUUAUUGCUUUGUUUCACUGGAUUAUCAGCAAGAUUCAGCUGCACCACCCAGGAAACAUGAGACUGAAUAUGAGCUUCCUGAUGGGCAAACAAUCAUCCUUGGCAAAGAGAGAUUCAUGUGUACAGAAAUGCUCUUCAAGCCAUCCAUGAUCGAUUCACAGCAGCUGGGGCUUCCUCUCCUGACUAUGACUGCUCUCAAUAAGUGUGAUGUCACCCUCAAAAAGAACCUGAUGGGCAACAUAUUGUUAUGUGGAGGCUGUACCAUGAUUGAGGGUUUUGCUGACCGCUUCCAAAGAGAACUGAUAAGAAUGUGUCCAAAUGAUAAUCCCAUUUCAUCAGCCUCCCCUGAAAGGAAGACCUCUGUGUGGACUGGAGGGUCUAUCCUUGCAUCCCUUAAGGCUUUCCAGCAGCUUUGGGUUCAUAGGAGAGAAUAUGAAGAACGGGGUCCUUUUUACAUUUACAGGAAAUGUUUCUGAACCCAUAACAUUGAUGAACCUGCUUCACGCUCAUUACCUUCUCAGCUGAAUCACAGUUAAUUGAAGAGUCACACACUUCCUUUUUCCAGCAUUACAUACCAGAAAUGGUUAGCCUGUAAGUGCUGAUGGACAGUUUACUUUCUGUUCUGUCUCUAUUAAAAGCUCAGGGUUGUUAAAAAA